AUGAUUCUUGGGGCGCUGCUGGAUGCGGGGCUGUCGCUAGAUGACCUGCGAGGCGCCCUGGUAAGUCUUGAUGUUGAUGGUUACUCGCUGAAAGCCCAGCGUGCGCAGCGGGGAGGCCUAGAUGGAACGCACCUGGUUGUUGAACUGGAGGAGCGGGGACGCAGAACGCACACGAUUCAGAACUUCGUUGACAUAGUCGAGGCGUCCGGACUUUCCAAUGAAGUUGUGCGGCAGUCACGUGAAGUCUUUCUGCGUAUAGGGGAGGCCGAGGCGCGGGUGCAUGGCACGGCAACCGGCGAAACGCAUCUGCACGAACUUGGGACGCUGGAUACGCUAGUGGAUGUCGUUGGCAGCGUGGCGGGCCUGGAGAUGCUCGGCGUUGAGCGCGUAUAUUGCUCUGCGUUUCCAAGUGGAUCCGGCGUCGUUAGAUCAGAGCAUGGUCUGUUGCCUGUUCCUGCACCCGCAACCGCUGUACUGUUCCAAAUGGCGAAUGCGCCCGUUGCCGCACCUCCGAAUAAUGCUCACAACACUGGGGAGAUGGUCACGCCGACGGGCGCGGCUGUUCUGACGACACUAGCCAUUUUUGAGCAUCCUCAACUCAGCGUCGCACGCAUCGGCUAUGGCCUGGGUACUCGUGACUCGCAGCAAUAUCCGAAUGCUCUGGCACUCUGGUUAGGUUCUGAGCAGCCUUCAGGAUACAGCACUGGAGUGAAGCUCAUAGAGACGAACAUCGACGAUAUGAGUGGCGAGCUAUUGGGAUACGUUCAGGAGAGGUUAUUUGAAAUAGGUGCGCGCGAUGUAUGGUUCACGCCGAUACAGAUGAAGAAGAACCGCCCUGCGACAAUGCUCAGCAUCAUAGUGUCCGCGGACAAGGAAGCCGAAGCGGUUGAGCUAGUGAUGCGCGAGACUUCAACGCUCGGCGUGCGUGUGAGGCCGCUCGAACGCAUCGAGGCUGAACGCGAAGUGGUGCGCAUCGAAACCUCCGUGGGCAGCGCAGCCGUCAAACUGAAGCGGCUGAAUGGCAGAGUUGUGAGCGUAUCGCCUGAGUACGAAGAUGCUCGUCUGCGCGCUCGUGAGCGCGACCUGCCACUUCAAGAGGUGUUCAGUCGAAUUCAGCGCGAAGCGGAAAGCCAGAUAAUGGAACGUUAA